AUGCCGUCCUCGCCCGAGCGCGAGCCCCCGCAUUACAUCCCCCUCCCGCCCCUACGCUCGGCGAUGAAGUAUCCUUCGUCGCGCCCAUGCACACCCGGAUCUCCACCCACGCGCUCCUCGCCGCUCGUACCCUCAACCUCGACCGUCACGUCCUCGCCGUCCGGCUCGCCCUCCACCUCCACGCUCCUCGCGUCCCCGAGCGCUACCCCGCCGUUCGCCGUGUCCCCGCUCGCGCCGCCCAGUACGCUCAUCGCCGGGCAGGGGUACACACCCAAGGUCUCGUUCGACACGCUCGAGAACCCCCAGGCGAGCAUGUUCUGUUAUACGCUCCACGUUCAGAGCGAGGGUUAUUCCAGGAACCGCGGCACGCGCGUGUUUCUGUGCGCGAGCGGUCCGGACGAGAGUGGCAAGCAGGCGCUGGACUGGGCGCUGGAGAGCUUGGUGCAGGAUGGGGAUGAACUGAUCGUGUUCCGGGGAGUGGAUUCAGAGGAGCUGGAGAAGGAGCAUGACCAAUACCGCGAGGACGCACGCGACCUGAUGCGAUAUAUCCAGGAGAAGUGCGUCGAGGACGAUGCAGAGCGAAAGCUCUCGAUCAUUGUCGAGUACAUCGCAGGCAAAGUGCCCCAGACCAUCGACCGUCUCAUAUCGCUCUACCGCCCCGACUCGAUCGUCGUCGGCACGCGGGGCCAACGGGGCAUGAUGCAGGCAUGGGGAGCUGCGUUUGGCGCGCCUGGCAAGCUGGGGAGCGUAUCGAGAUACUGCUUGAGUCACUCGCCCGUGCCUAUUAUCGUUGUACGGCCGGAAGAGAAGGUGCGCAAGACGAUGGCGAAGCGUCGCGCAGACCCGAAACGCGGGUCACACUUCGAGAAUCUCUACAAAACGCGAACUACUAGUAAUGGCGUCAACUCCGUGCCGCUGAUUGCAACCUUGACUCAGUAG